AUGGGCAUGUAUGAGGAUCCCGCAGGCUUGAUUGCAGGCUCUGUUAUUCUCUGGCUUCUGUCUACGUCGAGUCUUGUACUACGAUGUGUGAAUCGCAUCCGUGCCCAUCAAAGCUACCUCGUGAGCGAUUGGUUGAUCAUAGCUGGAUGGGUUUUUGGUACCGGACUAACUGUUCUGGAGAUAUAUGGCGUUGCCAUCAAAUCUCUUGGUUAUAGAAUCGGGGCUACGCUCGUUGACCCAACCAGUGUCACUGGGCAGCUAAACAAGGCAAAACAUAUUCAACUCGCCUUCUUGCUGCUGGGAGUCGCAGCCUUGGGCCUCAUCAAGCUGUCUGUAUGCUUCCUCUACUGGCAUCUCUUUGCCCAAGUUGCCCUACGUCGCUUUCUGAUUGUCUGGAUGGUUAUCAUUACCGCAUGGGCUACUGCUUUCAUAUUAGCUGGCCUCCUUGAAUGCGGCUCGCACCUUUGGGCGGUAUUUGGAACACCAACCCAGUAUCUUAAGUAUUGUGGAAGUGCUGUACCUAGUGGGUAUGGCCUAGUGGGAAGUGAUAUUGCGACGGACUUCAUUACGCUUAUUAUCCCUAUUCCAGUGGUCAUGCGAUUACAGAUGAGCGCGCGACGAAGGGUACUGACAUUGGCGGCUUUUCUAAUUGGUGCACUCUCUGUUGGUGCAUCUAUUGCCAAGGGAUACAUCUAUAUUCGCUCUAGUCUUGGCCAGUACACCGAAGAUGGCCUAUUGAUUCUCACGGGAGUUUCGAUUUGGAAUCUCGUGGAAGUACAAGUUGGUAUUAUUGCUGCUUGUGGGCCGCUACUCUGGCCGGUCCUUGCAAAUCUCCUUUCCCCUCUGGCCUCUCUCAUUGCCUCGAAAAUGCGCUCUACAUCCAAGAUCUCUCAGUCUCAGGGUUCCCAUGAGCUACCUAUCUUCACGAAACUUCCAGAGAGCGAGGUUCAAUUGGCAUUUGGCAGUAGAAGCGCCUCCGCGAACCCAAGCGAGAGGAGCAGACCACAUGAUGCUGAGUCUGGACCAAGAGUGCAAGUGUCCAAUUAAAGUGUGAUUGAACUAGAGCUAGUGGGCUAUGAUUGUUCUAUCAUAAGAUGGAAAGGGGUUAUGAAA